GCGGCGCAGCUCUGUAAACGCUGUGGAAGAGCACAUCCGGCUGGGUCUGUGCGCGAGCGUUUCCUUUGUCCGCGAAGGGCGUGUUCGCUGAACGUCUGCCCCGCGCGCAGCUCCUGUCCCAGCUGCUGAUUCAGACCAGAACCGGCCCAGAUGGAGGACAAGGCCCGCCUCUUCCUGCAAAAGUUUGUGCAGGAGUUCCCAGCGGCUCUGGAGAAGGACCAACCGCUGCCCGCCAGCCCCCAGAGCCGCCGGGUGUCUGAGGAGGAGCUGCCGGGGGAGAGCCUGGAGCUGGGGCUGAGGCUGCUUUCAUCCAGGGACGCUCCUACUGGCCUCAGCGCUCUCCUGUGCCGGGCCGCCAUGACCCGGCUGCUUGCAGACGACCUCUCACCUUUCCACUGCAGCCGAGAGGCGGAGCCUGACAACGGCGAGGAGGAAGUCCUUCUUCAGUCUGAGGCUGUGCAGCGAGUCUUCAUCAACAAGAUGAUUGAGGUGGCGUUGGAGUGGAACCAAGACCUGCCCCCUCUGCCCCCCCCCACAUUCCAGUGCUGCGUUCACGCCAUCAAGAACGGGAGGAGGAAGAUGGAGGACAAGCACGUGCUUUUGUCCGAGUUCAAUCAGCUGUUUGGCGUGGAGGACGGUGUGCAGCGCGCCUUCUACGCUGUGUUUGACGGCCACGGCGGGGUGGACGCCGCCACCUUUGCUGCCACUCACCUGCAUGUCAACCUUAGCCGGCAGGGGGCGCUACAGAGCAGCCCGGGCCCGGCUCUGAAAGCUGCCUUCAAACGCACAGACGACAUGUUCAGGAGCAAAGCCCAGAGAGAGCGCCUACGGAGCGGCAGUACCGGCGUGGUGGUUCUGAUCCAUGACCAGGAGCUGACUGUGGCCUGGCUCGGAGACUCUCAGGCCCUGUUGGUCAGGGAGGGGCAGGAGGUGGUGCUGAUGGAGCCCCACAAACCAGAGAGGGAGGAUGAGAAGCAGAGGAUCGAGGACCUGGGUGGAUGCGUCACCUACAUGGGCUGCUGGCGCGUAAACGGCACCUACGCAGUCUCCAGAGCCAUAGGUGACUUUGACCAGAAGCCCUACGUGUCUUCAGACGCCGACUCCUCCACGGUGCGGCUGCAGGGCAACGAGGACUACGUGCUGCUGGCCUGCGACGGCUUUUUUGAUGCAGUCCAACCUUCGGAGGUCCCCCAGCUGGUGAUGGGGGCCCUGCAGGGGCUGCCCCUCCCCGAGGAGGCAUCUGAAGCUCAGCCUGACGGUGGGACGGGACAGACCGUUGCUCAGAAGCUGGUCGCUCACGCCAAAGAGGCCGGAUCGAGCGACAACAUCACCGUCCUGCUGGUGUUCCUGCGUCCACUGCCGGAUCUGGGCUGCGCCACCGGGGGGCGCUGCGCCUCGCCGCAGUCUUCUGCAGAGGCAGCACCCUUACGCGGGGAGGCAGAGACCUGAGCGGCCCGGUUGGCGCCUGAGCAGCACCAUGUUCAAUGCCAUACAGAGACUAUUGAGGGAGUUUCAGCAGGACCAACCGAGCCCAGACCGGCUCCUCUGGACCCCCCAGAACACCGGUCCCUCAUGUGAAGGACUGUCUUUAAGGCUUCAUAAGUUGUUCUCCCACAGAACCUUUCUGCAUCAGCAGUUCUUCAGAUGUUCAGCAGCUUCUGUUUUUCUCUGUCCAGUUCGACUAAAUAUGUUUGAACUGGACCAGACCCGGUUCAGGAACCGCCCUGAGAAAAAGCAGCGAAAAACCUGAAUGUCUUCAGAACCGCUGAUGGAGACCUGCAGAGGUUCUGGGUCUUUGAAAGAAAAGCUCCUGCAUGUGGGCACAUUUCCCCUCAGCACUGGCUUUGCAGAAGUGGUUCUGGAACUUGGAGGUUCUGAGCGGUGCAGUUCUGAGGUCCGGCCCACUGACCUGAAAUGUUCCCUUUAAAGAUCACAAACCCGGUGUGGAAUUCUGCCGCAGACCGCCUGACUGAAAGGUCACAUAGUAUUUGGUUCCGAAGGGAUCCAGAGAUUUGGACCAGAACAAGGUGAAAGGAUGAAUUAAGCUUCAGAUCUGGGCGGUUCUUUCAGAAUAUCCCAAAUGUGUCUGACGGAUUCGGACUCGGCCGUUUGGUUUGUCUUCAGGGCAGAAAACUGCAGCUGUCCUUCAGUUCUGAUGCCUUUGACCUUCUCAUUAAAGAGCUUCAGCUGCAUUUCAGAGACUCCUCUUUGGCCCGUCUGACACGUUUACAUCAGCUUCCGCGGCCAGCAGGGGGCGGCGGCGAGAAACGUCCACUUCCCGCCUGAAUCAGCAUCUAAAAAACAAACGACACUUACAGGAGCCAAAUCCGCCUCACAGCUGACCACAGGGGGAUUUUUAAGCAACCCCAGCACAAAUAUGCGCUCCAUCAUUGUGACGACGGACGUUUCAAAAUGUGCUGCAUCGUCACAGGGCUGCCGGCCGGAGCCUAACCCGGCUGCUGGCAGGCGAAGGCGGGAUGCGCCCUGGACAGGUGACACAAUCACACACCCAUUAAGCAUUUUUUUAUAUUUGAUACUAAAUACAAAUGGCAGGCUGGUGAGGAGAGCCUAAACAGCUCUAUGGAUGCCUGUCUGACCUAUUUUAUUUAGAAUUGGUUGCCCUGGUUACAGAGAAGAAUAAUGACUUUAACCCUUGUGCCGUCUUGUGGGGUCAUCUGGACCCCACAAGAUGGCACAAGGGCUAAGAGAUUCAAGGUCAGUAGUUAACAAUCCACUCAUUUAAACUUCUUGCUGCAGACAUGGGAGUCUUGGUUCACGGUUCCUGCUUAUCGGUUUGAAUCCCAAACUCCCUCCGCUUUCCCAGACUUCUCCUUCCUCCAGACGGCAUGUGGGGAAGAAAAAAAUCAAUCCCAACACGGCAGCCUUCAAAAAGCAGUCUUAAAAACAGCCGUUUGGAUGAUAAGGAAAAUAAAGUGCAGACAUCCAACAGCUUUUUAUCCGAAUGUGUGAUAUUUGUGUUUUCUAAUGCUACAAACGCUUUAAAACAAUAAAGAAAACUCUUUGGAGGGGAA